AUGCAUAGGGUCUUUGGCAGAUCAUCUAAUUCAGCCAAAGUGGCACCGCCAAAUCUCACAGAUGCUGCAGCUAACGUAUUUAUUGAUUCUCGCAUAGAAACGCUUGAUAAAUCAAUUUCCCUUAAGCGGGGUGAGAUUGUGAAACUCCAAUCGCAAAUGCGAGGAAUGCGUGAGGGACCCGCAAAGGCUUCUCUUAAAAGACAGGCUUUAACAAAACUAAAACAAAUGAAGGUUUUGGAGGCUCAGCGGGAAACUCUAUCGGGUCAAAGCUUCAAUAUGGGUCAGGCUAGCUUCGCUCUUCAAAGUGUAAAGGACACGCAGAUGACUGUUAAGGCAAUGAAGCAAGGAGUCAAGGAAUUCAAGAAGGAAACGAAAAACCUGAAGUUGGAUGAUGUCGAGGAUCUUCAAGACGAUCUUGCUGACAUGCUUGAACUCAAUGACGAGUUUGGAGAGGCGCUCGGUCGUUCAGUCAUGCCAACUACUAUCGACGAGUCAGAGCUGGAUGCCGAGUUGGAGGCCCUUAGUUCUGAAGCCGAUCUGGAGGGCUUUCUUAAUGCUGACACUGCGCCCUCGGUUCCCAGUGCAGACGUUGGUUCCUCCAUCUCUGUUCCAAGCGCCCCCAAUGCCGCAGCUAGUGUAAGUUGUUUCUGCUAA